AAAUCCUUACUUUUUGUUCAAAUGAAUUUUUUAAAUUAAAAAUUAUAUUAAAAUGAAUUAUUGCAGUUGUUCUAAAAUAAUAAUUAGUUUAAUUAGUUUCUUAUUAGUUCUAGGAAGAAUUGAUGGACUUUAUGAAGAUCAAAUAAAAAAAUUUGAUUGGAGAAAAUUGAAUAUUGGUAGGGUGAAAAAUGUUGUAUUUGAUCCUAUUUUAAGUAAUAAUCGAUUAAUUGUAACGACUGAGGAAAAUGUUUUGGCUGCACUUUCCACACGUACGGGUGAAAUUCAAUGGAGGCAGAUAUUAGAGAAUUCUCCUCGCGGAGAUGUAAAACUAUUUCAAUUUGUAAAUGAAGAAUCUUCAUCAAAUGCUCCAGUUUCUCGUCAAUCAAAUAUUGUUUAUGAUAUGAUUACAAUAACUGGAGUUGCUCCGGCUAUAGUACGUGGGUGGUCUGCGGGUACCGGUAAUCUAGAAUUUGAAUGGUCUCUAAUGCCAAUUCAAGCUGAUAAGGCCGAAGCAUCUGCAUGGUUUUAUGAUGAAUAUUAUUUAUAUCACGUGAUGCCCUUUUGGACCUCACAUUUAGAAAUUACAAAGUAUUUUGCUUCCUCAGGACAAGGGAAUUCAUUUAAAAUAUCUGCUCCAUGGAUACAAGAAGGGAAAUGUGUACUAGCUGGUUCAUAUUACGUUUGUAUUGAAAAGAAUCAGAUAAUAUAUUUAGAUUUGAUUUCUGAGCAAACUCAAGUUCUCAGAAAAUUUUUAACCGAAGAUAUAAAAGAAGUUCCAAAAGUUGUGAAAGGUAAAUCUGGAGUACUUAUAGUUGAUGGGAACUUGGUAAAUUUAAACAACAUAGAAAACGGGUGCGAAAUUAGUGCUAAUAGUAUUGUACCAUUUUCGUUUAAUGAUCAAUCGAUGCUUGCUUAUACUAAGUUAAAUGAAAGUUUGUUAAAAUUGCUUGUUGUUAACGCCAAAAGUUGUGACAGAAUUGAUGAAUUGCAGUUUUCUAUAGAAUAUCCCGAUUACUACGGCCCGCCUGAAAUUUUAGACAUAUUUUGUAGAAAAACUAGGGAUCAUGACAAAAUCUGCAAUGCAGUAAUUUCAACUGAAGAUGGAGCCUUAUUGUUUACACAUCAAGAUAAAAUCCGUUGGGUCAGAGAGGAAUCAAUUACUAAUAUUGUCGCGACUGAACUAAUUGAUUUACCUAUCACCGACUCCGAAGGUCUUAUUGAAAGUGAAUUCACAAGCAAACCAGAGGAUCUUGGAUAUGAUUGGGAUAUAAGCGGUGCAUUUGUACGUCGAAUUACAUCUCAAGUGUCUCUAUUGAAAAAUGCAUUUUUGAGUAUUUUGGGAAUAGGAUCUGUAUUAACACCUAAUCAGAAAGCUGGACUAACUCGUGAUGCAUUUGGCCUACACAAAAUUUUGUUGAUACUUACAAAAAGUGGAAAAAUUUUUGCUAUGGAUAAUUUAAAUGGAAAACUACACUGGCAAAAAUACGUGCCAUCUUUAGAAAGUUUUAAUGAUAGGGAACCUAUGAAAUUGCUUGUUCAAAGAACAGCAAAACAAUUUCCGCAUCAUCCAAUUUGUGUUAUUGUUGGAAAACAGAAAAAUUCAGAUAAUGGACUCAUUUUUCGAUUUAAUCCUAUAAAUGGCCAACCAAUUGACAACGGAUUGAAUGAAUUAAAUUAUAAAAUAAAGCAAUUAGGCCUACUUAGGGAUAACGAAAAUGUUCAGUUUGUGAAAGGAUUAUUAUUGUUAGAUGAAUACAAUAGAAUUCAUGUGAUACCAGAGAAUACCAAAGAAAUGGCUGAUGGAAUGUAUAUGUUUGUAGCUAACACAAAAGCAUCAAUUUUAACGGGAUAUAAUAUACAAUUAGUGAAAGGGAUUUUGAAAGCAACCACCAUUUGGAGUGUUAAUUUGGGCGGUCACGGAAAUAAUCAUAGAAUUUUAACUAUUUCAGUUAAAAAUCCUAUAGAAAACGUUCACUCUCAAGGACGUGUACUUGGUGAUAGAUCGGUUUUAUAUAAGUACAUUAAUCCAAAUUUAGUAGCAGUCGUUACACAAGGUUUGGAUAGUAUUCAUAAAUAUGUAUUAAACGUGCAUUUAGUUGAUGUUGUUUCUGGAUCUGUUGUUUAUUCGUUGACCCAUAAAAAGGCACGUGAACCAGUUCAUAUAGUACAUUCAGAAAACUGGCUAGUUUAUUCGUAUUAUAAUGAUAAAGUUCGUAGAACUGAAAUAACUACUAUUGAACUAUAUGAAGGAAAAGUUCAAGCAAAUAGUACUGUUUGGAGUUCUUUAGAUGCUCCACCUAUGCCUUUAAUUGAAAAACAAUCAUAUAUAAUACCAACAAUUGUAGAGGCUAUGAAAGAAACAAUUACAGAACGUGGUAUUACAAAUAAAGAUAUAUUAAUUGGAACAUCUAGUGGUGGUAUUAUAGAAAUGCCAUGGGCCCUAUUAGAUCCACGUCGUCCGACAUCACAAAAAAAUCGUGAAGAAGGUUCUAUACCAUACAUUCCAGAAUUACCAUUACCAUCAGAACAAAUAAUAAAUUAUAAUCAGACAAUAAGUCGUAUUAGAAAUAUUUAUACCUCGCCCAGUGGUCUUGAAAGUACUUGUUUGGUAGUUGCUUAUGGUUUAGAUCUGUUUGUUACACGCGUGUCACCAUCAAAAACGUUUGAUUUAUUAAAAGAGGAUUUUGAUUACUUUUUAAUUUCAGUUGUAUUGAUUGUAUUAACAUCUAGCUCAUUUUUUGUUAAAUAUUUAUCAGCUCGUAAAGCUUUAAAACAAGCCUGGAAAUAGAAAAUUAAAAAUAAUUUAAACUUUAAAUUGGAGUCAAUUCAAUUGAUUCACUUUAGUUAGAAAUGAAAUUGAUUUGUUUUUUUUUUUUUUUGGUUGAAGUUUUACAAUUAUUUAUAUUGUAAUUUGCAUUUUUGUUCAUUUAUAAAAUUUUAUUUAAAUUCGUAUAAAUGUGGAAAUAUAAUAUGUGUAUUUAGUUUUGUAGGCAUCUCAAAAUAAAAUGAAAAGUAGUUGAACUUUUAUGAAGUAAAA